AUGGCCCUUUCAUCAGUCCUUAGUGACGCGUUGUCUGUUAUCGCCGAGCCAAGCUUGGACGACCCCAUUCUCCAAUGCGACGUUGACCUCCAACAUCUUCUCUUCAAUGAAACUAAGAAAGCACUUGAGCUUGCCAACUCAAAAUUACACUCCUUUCCAUUUAAGGAUGUGCACAUCUGCUGGCAUCGACUCUACACGGACGCGUCUAUCGUCAAGGCCUGCGUCAUUAUCAUCACAGAAUGCGGCCUGAUAUCCAAAGCCAGAUUUGAAACCCAGCACCUAGUUGUCUCACAACUUAUUCAAGACAUCAAGAAUGCAGAAACAGAGCCGAAGCUCUCUCCGGAUGCGCCAUGGCUAUCAGACGUCGUGGCAAUCCUUGAUCACGUCCUGAUCAUGUCUGGAGCGCCCCUCCGCGAGAAAUUGGUCGAGUCCUUGUUGUCCACGCUGCAGGCAGCUACAGAACCCCCCAAGUUCGAAGAUGACAGCACUGGUAGUCCGGAAUAUCCUACCGCAAAACGCAGAAAGUUCUCGCCUCCCCUCUUCCCUCCAAAUGCAAUCCGUAAACCCCACCUGGAACAUCCAAUCCCGCGUUUAUCGGCACCGUCGUUCGAUCUCAUCGAACACCACAUUCAAAAUGUUCGCACCCCGCUGGUGAUAACAGAUGCAAUAGAUCACUGGCCAGCCACUUCGACGCGUCCAUGGUCUUCACGGAACUACUGGUGGGAUCGUACCUUCGGGGGUCGCAGAUUAGUCCCGGUUGAGGUGGGAAGGUCGUAUACGGACGAGGACUGGGGACAGAAGAUUAUGCCGUUCAAAGAGUUUGUGGACAAGUAUAUAUGGCAAGGCAAACUCGCCCCGACUGGUUCAGAAAACCAACCUCAGGUCACCAACCUCGACGGAGAGACAGCAUACAUGGCACAACACGAUCUACUUACCCAAAUACCCGUCUUGCGUAACGAUAUCAGUGUACCAGACUACUGUUAUAUUACCCCACCGGGCCCAGAACCGGGAACACCAGUGUACGAGAAGAAAAAGCGAGAGCGCGAGGCGAAAUCCCAAGCACAGGUCUCUGAAACCUCGCCCCAGUUGGAUACACCGAAUGGAAAUGAUAUAGCCGACGAUUCAGAUUCAGGCUCACUCAUGGGCAUCCCCAGCGAUCCAAUCAUCAAUACUUGGAUCGGACCCGCGUGGACAAUCUCCCCUCUCCAUCACGACCCCCACCACAAUAUCCUCGCCCAGGUCGUGGGCACAAAGUAUAUCCGACUGUACUCGCCGCGCACGCCUGACUCUCAGAUCCACCCAAGGGAACAAGAAUGGGUCACGUCUAUCGAUGAGACGGCUGACCCAGAUCCUGUAUCUGGAGUUCGGCCGACGACUCGUAGACUGGUCGACAUGUCCAAUACUUCCAAGGUGGAUCUGGCUGCUAUCGAGUCUUCUCCGGCUGAGUAUGAGCAAUGGGAGGAGAUGUGGCCUGGGUUCAUGGAUGCGGAGUAUGUGGAGACUGUUCUUCAUGAAGGCGAGUGUCUCUAUAUACCUAUUGGGUGGUGGCAUUAUGUGCGUGGAUUGAGGGCUGGGAUUAGUGUGAAUUUUUGGUGGAGAGGAGAGAACUGA